ACACCUUCCCAUACACUAUUUUUAUCUUCAAUUAAUUAAUCUUUGCCAUAAACAGUAUUAUGUUAAGUUGAUGCCCAUAUACAGUAUAUAUAACAGCCUGCCUCCAUCUAAAUCCUUCCCCCCUCUCUCUGCUCUGCUCGUUGGCUAUGCAUAUCUAGCCUUGAGUUUUUAGACAUCUCCAACUUUCACAAGUUUUUGUUGUGAUUUAUAGAAGAGGCUUCUGCAAUGGGAGAGGAGAAAAAGGAUGAAUUGAAGGAGAAUAAGGAGGAGAAGAUUGAACCAGUUGUAUUGAAGGUUGAUAUGCAUUGUUUAGGUUGUGCUGGUAAAGUUAAAAGAUCCAUCAAGACUUAUAAAGGGGUAGAAGAUAUGCUGUUUGAUAUGAAGCUCAAUACAGUGACUGUGAAGGGUAAUGUAGAUCCUUUGAAGUUACGUGAGAGAGUGCAGAAGAAGAGUGGAAGAAGAACAGAGAUCUUAUCUCCAUUGCCCAAGAAGGAGAAUGUGGAGGAGAAAGAAAAGGUUGAAGAUAAGGGAAAAGAUAAAAAACCAGAGAAAGUUCCAGUAACAGUUGUGCUGAAGGUUUGGAUGCACUGUGAUGGCUGUGCUCAACAAGUGCAGAGGAUUAUUCUGAAAAUGAAAGGUGUACAGGAAGCUUUUGCUGAUUUCACAAACAAUAGGGUUAUUGUGAAGGGAAUGAUAGAGCCCAAGAAGCUUGUUGAUUAUGUAUACAGAAAGACAGGGAAACAUGCCCAAGUUGUACCACCACCCCCCCCAAAGAUAGAAGAAGAGGGUGAAAAGAAACAGGAUGGUAAAAAAGAAGCAGAGGAGGUUAAAAAGGAUGAGGAUAAAAAGGAGGAAGAAAAGAAAGAUGAUGGUAACAAAAAAGAAGGGGAAGAGAAAAAGGAGGAAGCAAAGACAGAUGAAAAAAAGGACAGUGGGGAGGAAGUCAAAAAAGAGGGUGAAAAAGUUGAAGGAGAGGAGAAAAAAGUUGAAGCAGGGAAAGAAGAGGAGAAAAAGACUGGUGGGGAGGAGACAGUCAUAGUGAGCACUGUGGAAGAAAAAAAGAAUGAAUUUAGUGCCCCCAAGUAUGUAAUUGAACAUGUUUAUCCUCCUCAGCUAUUCAGUGAUGAGAACCCAAAUGCCUGUUCCAUCAUGUAGAAGGUGGCCUUUCAACCACCAUGCCAGUUGUCAUGUCAAGUAUGUGUAUGUUAGGUGUAGUGAAAAUCACUUAGGCAAAUUGAGGGAGACAUUACAAAAAUAAUUCUCUUUCCAAGCUCAUAUUUUUGUGGAUGAGCAGAGCCAUGUGUACAAAUCGGUUAGGUUCCUUAGGAAUGUAUGUAAUCAGGUUAUAGACACAUCUGAAAGGGUAAUUGAAAAAUAUCCCUGUAAGUUGUAGGAGUCCUUUUGGGAAUGUGAAGUUGCAUGCCAUAAAAGCAAAUGCAGAAGUGCUUAUGUCAGUAUACUUCUAAUGUAAUGGUUACCUUCAUAUAUCCAAAGUACAUUACCUUCAUAUA